AUCUAUUUCUUCGAUUUCGUUAUAGAGGACGUCAGAGAAAUAAAAAUGAAGUAGAACUUUGAUUAUAGAGGGAAAAAAAAUCGAAGAAAAUAUAAGCACUGAUGAAACGUUGAAUCUAGAUGCUUAGUGUUUUAUGUGAUGUAAGUGUGUAAAAAAAGUUUCGUGAUUAAAUCAAUCAAUUCAAUUAUACUGAAUUCGUCACUAUAUAUAGGCCAUGUUUGACAGAUUCGAUAGAGACCGAAGCGGGAACAUUGAUUCUGCGGAAUUGAGGGAUGCUCUGUAUAGCCUUGGAUAUGCUUUACCACCUUCUGUACUUCAAGUUCUUCUUUCCAGAUACGAAGAUGGCACCGGGCGUAGGGUAGAUCUCAAUUUCGACAGUUUUGUCGAGUGUGGGAUGAUUGUAAAGGGUUUGACCGAAAAAUUCAAGGAGAAGGAUUCACGAUACACAGGUUCAGCAACACUGUCGUAUGAAACGUUCAUGUCCAUGGUAAUUCCUUUCAUUGUUUCUGACUAGCCGUCGUCGCUUAUAUAUAGUCCCGUUUUUCUUGAUUUGGCUUUUGUGUAGUGUGAGCUUUCCCCCCCCCCCCCCAAAAAAAAGCGCUGUACAUGUAAAAGAGUGUCAUUUGUACGUUAGUGUUGUGUUACCGUAUAUUAAUGUUGUCGUGUGCAUAUCGAUAAAUAUCACCGAGAAGCUAUAUUUCAUCUCGAAUGUAUUUCAUCCCCAUUUAUAGAACAUGCAUAAAAAACUUUAGGC